AUGGCAACACAUGCGCAGAGAAUAGCCAUGGCAGUGCGUGAUUUGAAAGCUCAAGGCGCCACGUCUGCCGCUGUGCUGGCGGGGUACGAGCAGUGGCAUGCUGACGUGGCGGGGAGGGUGUGUGGUAACCAGCAGGAGCUGAUGAGUCGCAUGGAGGCAGUGGAAGCACUGGCGGGGAAGGUGUACAAGAGAAUGAACUGGACCAGCAGCGUCGUCAAGAGCAACCUGCAGCACCUGAGGGCAGCUCCCAGUCUUAGGAUGGAGAUGGAGCAUCUACGGAAUCAGUUAAGUGCCGUCACGCGGAGCUAUGAGGGGCUGUGUGAGGAGCUAGAAGCGGCAGGGCUGGAGUUUGACUGUGAGAUGGAGGAGAUUAGCAGGAUUGACGGGGAUGAAGCUGUUGAAGGUGGUGUUGAAGCGAGGGAGUCUGGUCUAGGAGUUUCCGGCCAGUCUGAAGAUUCGUCAAGUAGUGGUUGUCAUGAUAGUGGGGCAGUGAUGGUGGGGUUCCUGCAGGGCAACCCAGUGAGCCACUGGAGUGGGGGAGUGAACUUGUGGAAGCCCCCUGCUGUGAAGCCAGGGGACAUUCUCGUCUUCCAGUGGUUUGCCGAAACUCACGACGUGCAGCGCUUUAAGAACAUCUUUGCCUUCAAGGCCUGCGCCUUCUUCAACGCCGUGCCGCUCACAUCCGCCUCGCAGUUUGGCAUGCGGCUCUUUCAAGUCAAGCCCGCACAUGCCGGCAAGACGCUCUUCUUUGGGAGCAGUGUGGGCAAGGACUGCCAGCGAGGCGUCAAGAUCGCCAUUCCUUGCUACUUUCAAAAUCCGACGCUCCGACGCUCUCUGAAAUUGCACGCUACCAUGGCUACUCUUCGCUCCGUGUUCGUCCUUGCGUUGGUCCUCGUCUCGCUUCCCGCACUCUAUGCCGCGUCCGCGCCAAAGCAGCGGGGUCAAGUCGCUGCAGGAACCGCAACCGUGGACGCGGCGAGUUGGGGCCGCAAGCUGCUGGAAGCGACCAGCGGCUCCGCCGCAAGCGGUGCUGACGUGGACCAGCUGGGCGGCGAGGAGGAGGAAGUGGGGGAGGCGACGGACGACGGGCUGGACGAGGCGGUGCGGGUGCUGCUGAGCUGGAAGAAGGUGAAGGACGCGGCGAGGAACGCGGCGAAGAGCGAGGCGGGCAAGAAGCUGGGAGGCAUCGCGAAGACGGUGGUGGAGAGGGGCGGGGUGGACGCGCUCAAGGCUGCGGCCAACGCGUACAGCAGCGGCAAGGGCGCCAAGGGCGCGCUGGAGGCGGGCGGUAGCUCGCUCCUGCGCACCACGAAGGAUGUGGUGGUGGGGAGUGGUUCCCGCACAGUCUCGACCGGUCAUGGUGGGAGGCGGGUUGUCGACCAACCAAGUAGUCAGUCCGUGGGGAUUGGGGGUGGGCGACUGGUCGCCGCCUGCUGUGAAGCCAGGAGACCUCCUCGUGUUCAGGUGGUUUGGAGAGACUCAUGA